CCUCCGCUACAAUAAGGAAGGCGUGGGUAGUUCCCGGUCCCCAGGCUCAGCAUGCGGUGCACAAGUCCAGCUGUCCUGGUGACCUUUUGUACCGGGCUUUGGAUCUCGAACCAUGUGCUGGCACAGGGCUUGGAGGCCGGUGUGCGGCCGAGGGCUGACUGUGAAGUAUGUAAAGAAUUCUUAAACAGAUUCUACAACUCCUUGCUGGCCAGAGGAAUAGACUUUUCUGUGGAUGUCAUAGAGAGAGAGCUGAGCAGCUUCUGCUUGGAUGCCAAAGGAAAAGAAAACCGCCUGUGCUAUUAUCUAGGAGCCACUACAGACUCGGCCACCAAGAUCCUAGGUGAAGUCACUCGGCCCAUGAGUGUACACAUGCCCGUGGUGAAGAUUUGUGAGAAGCUGAAGAAGAUGGACAGCCAGAUCUGUGAGCUGAAAUACGAGAAGAGAUUGGACUUGGCAUCGGUGGACCUGUGGAAGAUGAGAGUCGCAGAGUUGAAGCAGAUCCUUCAGAGCUGGGGGGAAGAGUGCAGGGCGUGUGCGGAGAAAAACAACUACGUUAACCUCAUUAAAGAACUGGCCCCCAAAUAUGUAGAGAUGUACCCCCAAACAGAGCUCUGACCUCAUUGGCUGUCAGAGAGCAUGGGCUGUAGGUAGAGAAAUGCAAUUGUCUAAGAGGAGGCUGUGCUGGUUAGGGCUAACCAGGGACUGCCAGGUUGGCCAUCAGUCUUGCUGUUAUAAUGUGUGGAGCUGUGUGGUUUAGGCUUAUGAUCAACCUGUGUUUCCCGCUGGUCACCCACAUUGCAGAGUACAGAGACUGCAAAGUGCCUUUGUCAUCCUUCUUUGGAGGGUGCAGUGGUUCCCUUUGUAUUACUGUGACAAUAAUGCCCCACAAGAACAAGUCUGUGGAGGAAAGAUUCACUUUGGCUCAGGGAUUCAGUCCAUCAUGACAGGGGAGCUAAGGGCAGAGCAGCUCAGAGCAUGUCAUAAAGGCUGUUGCCAUUAUGGUGGACGGAGAAGCAUAAAGUGAUGCUCAAAUAAUGGCAAGGCCGCAACCUUCACAGGGAUGGCCCUGUUCACCUCCUUCUGCCAGGCAGACACACCCUCACAGCCUCCCCAAAUUACCACUAGCUGGGGAACACACCUUCAAAGCAAACCGAUGAACGGUGUGGUGAUGAAUGCCUUUAAUCCCAGCACUGUCC